UGGAAAGGCAGAGGGAAUGUGAAUGGCUCUUCUGGCUUGGGAAAGUGUCCACGGACAGGGGUGCUACAGACUACAAAACAGCUUGGACAACCCUCCGGAUUCCCUGUACCGCUGGUGUCCAGUGAUACUGCUCUGAGGUGCAUAGCGUAAUGUCCAUGCUGUACUACACUCUGAUUGUAGCUUUUUUGAUCGGCACACAGGCAGCUCCAAAGUCAGAGGACAAUGCUCCACUGGAGUAUCCUGCAGAACAUUCCCUGCUCACUACCCACCGGAGUAACAGACACCACAUUCCCAAGGCAGCUCCACAGACAGCCCAUGGCCACUCCACUUGGACAACAGGUAGAGGAGAAGCUAUAAAUAUUACCAUGGACCCCAAAUUGUUUAAGAAGAGGCGGUUCCGGUCUCCUCGGGUGCUGUUCAGCACACAGCCCCCCCCAGUGUCAGGGCAAGGACAGAAUAUGGGAUUUCUCAGCAGUGCAGGUUCUCUCAACAGGACUGCCAGGACCAAGAGGACCACACAUCCCGUAUUACACCGGGGAGAGUUCUCAGUGUGUGACAGCGUCAGCAUGUGGGUUGGGGACAAAACCACAGCUACUGACAUUAAAGGCAAAGAGGUGACAGUGUUGGGAGAGGUCAACAUCAACAACAACAUUUUUAAGCAGUACUUUUUUGAGACCAAGUGCAGGGACCCUAAGCCAGUCUCCAGUGGGUGCCGAGGGAUCGAUGCAAAGCACUGGAACUCGUACUGCACCACAACACACACCUUUGUCAAAGCGCUGACGAUGGAGGGCAAGCAAGCAGCCUGGCGAUUUAUUCGAAUUGACACAGCCUGUGUGUGUGUGCUCAGCAGGAAGUCAGGGAGACCCUGAGAUGGAUCGAAACCCCAUGACAACAUCCUCCUACCCCCCUACCUCAAGUCUGUAAAUUAUUUUAAGUUAUAAAGGACUGCAUGGUAUAUUUAUAGUUUAUACAGUACAGAAAGAAC